UACGUGACACAUUAAUUGGAUUAUUCCAACGGAGGAUUAAUAUGAAUUAUUUUUGUCAAUAUGGGUUCAAUUUUUAUAAAAGAAAUUUUAACACUAUCAAUUUGUUAGUUUUAUUUUCUUACGCUGCAUUUUUUAUUUACAUCAAAUUUUAUGUGAUAAACAAUUUGGAGCCUGGAUUAAGUGACAUCGAGGAAAUUAAUGUAAGAGAAAAUUUGAAUUCUAUACAAGAAAGUAAAUAUCUUGUAUGGAGUUCAAAAUGCCGUCUACUGGAUAAAGACCCACUGGAUGAAAGUAUCAGAGAAUUUAUCCAGCCUGAAUAUUUUGAGUCGUGUUCAUUAACAGAUUCGUUACUUAGUUCGGUUGUUAAAGAGGCGAGUGGAAAUUACAGCAUAGUUAUCAAUAAAGAAAUUGCGGAAAGUUACAAAAUACUGCGGUGCUGCUGGUCGUCAAUUUUUAAAAAUAAAUCUGAGGAGGCUGUGAAUGAUUGGGAUGUUAAAUUUAACGUGUCACCUUGUCAAGACUUUGAGGAUCGAGUGGAAUUACCAGAGGACGCAGAAAUAGUAAAAGUUGUUUGUAGAUCUAAUAAAAAAUUCAGCAAAAGAAUAUUAAAAGUCAUGUAUGAAAAUAUUCAUGCCAUAGUGAAUCCAAAAAGAGUCAAAGAUCGAUUCCAAAAUGUCAGCCUUAAUAAUACAGAUACAGAAAAUAAAAAAAUAAGUAUUUUUGUGUUGGGUAUAAAUGGAAUAUCGCGUUUGAAUUUCAUGCGCAGUCUGCCUAAAACAGCGGAAUUUCUACAACAAAAGGGCUGGAUUAACCUCGUGGGCUACAAUAAAAUAGGUGAUGACAAGUUUUCGAAUAUCAUGUCAAUUUUAACGGGGCAAAAUGCUUCUCUAAGUAACGCUUAUUAUAACUCUGAAUCUGAAGGCCUAAAUGAUUGCCCAUUAUUGUGGAAAAAUUUUAAACAGGCUGGUUAUGUGACAGCUUAUGGAGAAGAUGUUUCUUAUUUAGACUCAUUAAAUUUCCGUAACAACGGAUUUAUUGACCCGCCAACUGAUUACUAUCUCAAGCCUUAUAUUGUUGCCACGGAAAAUUUGUUAAAGCCAAAGUACAAAUUUGGACAACGUUAUUGCUCAGGACCAGAGUUAACGGUUGAUCGGAUUUUAAAUUACGCAUCAGAUUUCGCUAGGGAAUUUUUGGACAGACCGUACUUUGGUUGGUUCUGGAUUAAUUCAAUACCUCAUGAUGACAUAAAUGGACUGUCGUCAAUGGACUCGCAUUUGCUGGAUCAGCUAAAGAAUUUUGAGCAAGGUGGUGUUUUUGAUAACACCCUGGUGGUAUUUCUCAGCGACCAUGGAACGCGGUGGGACGAAAUAAAAAAUACAUUUAUCGGCUGGUACGAAGAGAGACUGCCCUUUGUGUAUCUGCGAGUACCAGACGCAUUGAAAAAUCAAAACAUUGAUGACAGCAGUCUGGAUAUCAUUCAGACGCUAAAAGUAAAUAAGCGUCGAUUAACGUCACCUUAUGAUUUGUACGAGACACUAAGGGAUAUUCUGGAACGCGGGGGAGGCAAAGCGAGUCCUAGUUCUGGCUGCUCAUUGUGCCAAAGUCUUUUGAAACCUGUAAUCAAUGAACGCGGAUGCGAAGAUGUUGGGGUGUCGUCUCACUGGUGCACAUGUACGGAAUCAAACCCACAAUCACCCACCAGCGAAAUCGCACAACAAGGAGCUCAAAAAUUCUUAUCGCAUAUCGAGAGUGUGGUAAAAAAUUACAAAAAUGAAAAAGGCGAACGGCUGUGCGCAGAGUUAAAUAUUGAGAAAAUUCACCGUUUUGAUGAGAUUAUUAUGGAGAAUAACAAUACAACUACUAAGAAAUAUUUUUAUCAGAUUGAAGUCGCUCCGGGUAAUGGAAUGUAUGAGAUUACAAUGAACUUUGAUGUAAAUAAAAACUUUGAAGUUUCUCCUUAUGAAAUAAGUAGAACUAAUUCUUAUGAAGUCAGUGCGAGUUGCCUUCAACAUCUCAGUCAUAGAAAAUACUGUUACUGUAUUAAUUAAUUAAUACACUUUAUCCAUUACAAUUAAAAUAUUUUUUAUCUCCGAUAUAUUAAAUAUAAGAUAGCAAUAAUGUUAAUAUUAAUAACCGCCAGAAUUGUAAAUUUAAUGAAUAAAAAUUUUAUUCCUGUUGGUAAUUUCGGACCCGCCACCCAGGGUACUUUGACGCUUUUUUCGCACUCGAAAUUAACAUUA